AUGGUUGAGCAAACAACGGCUGAAUCCUCCAGCUUAACGGCGUACGUUGAGCGAGUAGCAAUUAUAGGGGCAGCCGGGCAACUUGGGCGGCACAUCACUCAGGAAAUUCUUAAGAGUGGUAAACAUACCAUCACAGCACUUACCCGUAAGGGAGGCUCUUCCAAGUUUCCGGAAGGCGUCAAAGUCGCUUUUGUGGACUAUGAUGAUGAAGAGUCGAUUGUUUCCGCGCUAGAGGGCCAUGAGUUUCUCAUCAUUACUUUGGCUUAUUCGGCUGGGACUGAAACUCACAACAAGAUUGUGCAGGCCGCAGCAAAGGCAAAAAUACCGCAUCUCAUGCCCAACAUCUAUACCGCCGAUGUUGUACUGAACAAUAAAGCCAUCGGUGAUGAGACUGGAAUGGGACCAGCUUUUAGGCCGCUCUUGUCCGAGAUUGAGCGCCUUGGCUUGACAUGGACUGUCUUGGUGACGGGUUUGUGGUACGAAUUUAGUUUGGCAUGCCCGCCCGACUGGUUUGGUUUCGACAUCAACAAGAGAGAAGUCACAAUGUUUGAUGAUGGACAGAUCCGGAUCAACACCACUACAUGGGCACAGUGUGGACGCGCUGUCGCAUCGUUUCUGAGACUGAAGAAGAGCCCAGAUGGUGACGAUGACUCAAUCCCGACACUGCAGCAAUUCCAGAACAAGCCUAUCUACGUGUCGAGUUUUAUGAUCAAUCAACGCGAAAUGCUAGACAGCGUCGAACGGGUUACAGGCACAUCCGAUGCAGAUUGGAAUAUCCGGUAUGAGGGUACAGCCAAGCGUAUUAAGGACGGCAAGGCUGCGUUUGCUGCAGGUGAUUCAAAGGGCCUAGCCAAGGCCUAUUAUUCACGCAUCUUUUCUCCUGAUUCUCCUGCAAUCUACCAAGAGAAGCUUCAUAAUGGCUUGUUUAGUCUGCCGGACGAGGACUUGGAUGACGCAACAGUGAUAGGAGUGACUAUGGCAAAGAGUGGAUAUUCUCCAUUUUAG